AGUAUUACCCAGAUAGCAUUGUUAAUAUCAAUUACUGUUUGUCUAAUUAUAUUGAUAGUAGUUGUAGCUUUUGUGUAUCUCAAGUACAGAAGAAGAGAAACUGAAAGAAGACAAAUUCUAGAAGAAGCUGAAAAUGAAAAUUUUAUAACCAAUGGUGAAACUUUAUCUGAAUUAAUAGAGCAUUCUCAUAGUUCAGGCAGUGGUUCUGGUCUUCCAUUACUUGUUCAGCGUACCAUUGCCAAACAAAUUAAUUUAGUGAAAAGUGUAGGUAAGGGUAGAUAUGGUGAAGUAUGGAAAGGAAAAUGGAGAGGUGAAAAUGUUGCUGUCAAAAUCUUCUUCACAACAGAAGAAGCAAGUUGGUUUCGGGAAACUGAACUUUAUCAAACUGUGUUAUUAAGACAUGAUAAUAUUCUAGGUUUUAUUGCUGCUGAUAUAAAAGGAACAGGAUCUUGGACACAGUUAUUUUUGAUCACAGAUUACCAUGAAAACGGUUCCUUAUAUGAUUAUUUGAAGAGUCGUACAUUGGAUACUAAUGAAAUGAUCGAAUUAGCUCACUCAGCUUCAUGUGGUAUUUCACAUCUACACACUGAAAUAUUUGGAACUAGAGGUAAACCUGCAAUGGCACAUCGUGAUAUUAAGAGUAAGAAUAUAUUAGUUAAAAAGAAUGGUACUUGUUGUAUUGCUGACUUGGGUUUGGCGGUUCGAUUCAUAAGUGAAUCUAGUGAAGUUGAUAUAGCCCCGAAUACAAGACAAGGAACAAAACGUUACAUGUCACCUGAGGUUUUAGAUUUAACAUUAAACAGACAUCAUUUUGAUUCAUUUAAACAAGCUGAUAUGUACUCAUUUGGUUUAGUUUUAUGGGAAAUAGGUAGAAGAUGUGUUUCAGGAGGUAUAGCUGAUGACUAUCAGAUCCCAUACUAUGAUUGUGUACAGAGUGAUCCCAGUUUUGAAGAUAUGAGAAAAGUUGUUUCUGUGGAUAAAAUACGACCUAAUAUACCAAAUAGAUGGCAUAGUGAUUGGGCAUUAAAAGUUUUAUCAAAAGUUAUGUCAGAAUGUUGGACGAAUAAUCCUGCUGCACGACUUACUGCAUUACGUGUAAAGAAGACAUUGGGUAAAAUACGUGAGAACAGCGAUUUGUUAGUAAAAUCUUAA